CUUUAGCAAGACUUGUACUCUCAUUCCUAAAAUCUAGCUUCCCUCGAAUGUCUCCCAUAUCAAAACUAAGCUCCCAAAGUAGGUACAACGGACUGUUUCCUAGACUUAGCCAAAUUUCCAGCUUCUUUUUCCCUUGACUAUGUUUCUUCUUUGAACAUCAAUAGGAAUGGUUUUGGGCCAUGAUCCAGGAUCACAUAAGCUGACCAAAGUGCACCCUGGCCUAACACUAAUAAGAAGAUGGACUUGAUUACCUAUUUCAAGGGUAGAGGGAAAUGUCCAAAGCUCACCAAUGCCCCAACAUGCGAGCUCUUGUGUUGCUUGAUGAUGGAGAGUACGGGUUCAAAGAAGGGGAAGAAGAAGAAAAGAAUGAUGAUGAUGAUGAUGAGAAUAUUGAGAUGGAAGCGGCACAUGCUCCUCUUCUAGGAUCUCAUCCCGUGGUCAUCAAGCAUCCCAAAGGGAACAUCCUCAAUAAAUGAGAACUCACCAUUAGUGCCCUUAAAGAUAGGGGUGUUCAAACGGUUUGGUUACCAUGGUAACCGUUUUAAUCAAUACUAUUUGGAUAA